UCCGGUUGUUGCCGGGCCCUAUAUCCGGUGUCCGCCCGCCCUCGGCUCCGCCGCCGCCGCGAUGCUGUCCCGGUCCCGUUGCGUGUCCCGGGCGUUCAGCCGCUCGCUCUCCGCCUUCCAGAAGGGGAACUGCCCUCUAGGGAGACGUUCCCUGCCUGGGGUCUCCUUAUGCCAGGGACCAGGUUACCCUGAAAACAGGAAGAUUGUCAUUAACAACAGUAGUGUCUUCGGUGUUCGCUUCUUCAGAACUACGGCUGUGUGCAAGGAUGAUUUAGUUACAGUCAAAACCCCAGCGUUUGCAGAAUCUGUCACAGAGGGAGAUGUCAGGUGGGAGAAAGCUGUUGGGGACACAGUUGCAGAAGAUGAAGUGGUUUGUGAGAUUGAAACUGACAAGACAUCCGUGCAGGUUCCAUCACCAGCAAAUGGCGUAAUUGAAGCUCUUUUGGUACCUGAUGGAGGAAAAGUCGAAGGAGGCACUCCUCUUUUCACACUCAGGAAAACUGGUGCUGCUCCUGCUAAGGCCAAGCCAGCUGAAGCUCCUGCUGCCGCAGCCGCAAAAGCAGAGCCUACAGCAGCAGUUCCUCCUCCCUCUGCAGCACCCAUACCCACUCAGAUGCCACCGGUGCCCUCGCCUUCACAACCUGCUUCUAGCAAACCAGUGUCCGCAGUAAAACCCACUGCUGCCCCUCCACUAGCUGAGCCAGGAGCUGGCAAAGGUCUGCGUUCAGAACAUCGGGAGAAAAUGAACAGGAUGCGGCAGCGCAUUGCUCAGCGUCUGAAGGAGGCUCAGAAUACAUGUGCAAUGCUGACCACUUUCAAUGAGAUUGACAUGAGUAACAUCCAAGAUAUGAGGGCUCGGCAUAAAGAUGCUUUUCUGAAGAAGCAUAACCUCAAAUUAGGCUUCAUGUCGGCAUUUGUGAAGGCUUCAGCCUUUGCCUUGCAGGAGCAGCCUGUUGUAAAUGCAGUGAUUGACGAUACAACCAAAGAGGUGGUGUAUAGGGAUUAUAUUGACAUCAGUGUUGCGGUGGCCACCCCACGGGGUCUGGUGGUUCCUGUCAUCAGGAAUGUAGAAUCUAUGAAUUAUGCAGAUAUUGAACGGACCAUCAAUGAACUGGGAGAGAAGGCCCGAAAGAAUGAACUUGCCAUUGAAGAUAUGGACGGCGGUACUUUCACCAUUAGCAAUGGAGGCGUGUUUGGCUCACUCUUUGGAACUCCCAUUAUCAACCCCCCUCAGUCUGCCAUCCUGGGCAUGCAUGCCAUCUUUGACAGGCCAGUGGCCAUUGGAGGCAAGGUGGAAAUCCGGCCCAUGAUGUACGUGGCACUGACUUACGACCACCGGCUGAUUGAUGGCAGAGAGGCCGUGACUUUCCUCCGCAAAAUCAAGGCAGCAGUAGAGGAUCCCAGAGUCCUCCUCCUGGACCUUUAGGAGAAAGCCACAUGCCCUACAAAUCUGUCAUGCAGGAACUGAAAACUGGUCUUCUCCCUGUCCCCUCACGAGUCCCAGGUUAGCCUGGUGACAGGCAGGCACAUGCUGUUGGCCUCAAGCAAGGAAGCAGGGCACUAUCUAACCAGCAGUCGAAGGUCCUUUCUUGGUGUUCCUGCCAGGCUCUCUCCCUCUCUGUACCCGUCUCUCACCUACAAAUAUCUUAUUUCCUUGGGCUUGAGAGAGAGAGCGCCUUAAUGGAUGCUCAUUUUAUUCCUGCCUUUCUUCAAUCAGCACUCUGCAAAGGUGAUUUUGCUUCUCCCCAGUACACUAUAGGGAAACCACCGGGACCAUGUGAUUAUGUUUCCAUCUUUUGAAAGUCUGCUCUCCAGAGACGUCUAGGAGGAUGCUGUGCCUCCCAAGCACACAGCAGCCUCUGUCCUGGCUGUGCACGUUCUCACUUGAUUCCACCUGUGUGGAGGUAUUGAACACAGGUGAAGAGGUGCUGCUUUGCUUCUUAAAACGGCACCUUCAUUCUCAGCUGUCAUUGACUUCAAGAUGCCUCUUCUACCUCUUCCAGGAAGCACAGGCCAGGGGAUUGUUGAGUUGGAGGAGAGGGCAGAGGCCCCCUGAGGUCAUAAGUUAUAAUCAUAGAUGGGGCAGAGCAGGCCUGCCCUCACACUCUCCAUCAUAGGUUCAUGCCAGGAAGGUGUGUUUGGCACAAUCGCACGUUGCUAUAGUGCCAACCCUUUCCAGGCUGCUAAGAACCAUUCUAGCACAUUGUUCUCAUUUAAGCAGAUUCUGGCACAUCAUGGCAGUGGGACCGAGUGUGGGGAGCCUGGUUUAGAGACUGGGGAGGGGAUGCCUCCUCUGGACUGGCUCAGGUUGAUUUGAGCUUUUAAAUUCGGGUUGGUAUAAGCAUAUGGACUGAGGAGGCGGUUCUGUUCCUUCCUGCGUUCUAGCCUGUAGGGAGCAGAGCCUUGGCUCUUCCUCUGCAGGACACUGGUCUAGGGGAGGAUUGACUGUGGUAGGAACCAGCCUCAAGGUGUUAGUACAGUGGUGAAAUGGCUUUAGGUCUCUAAGGUAAUGCCCUUGGUUUGGGGCACAAUCAUUGGAAUUCCAUGGAGGAUGGUUAAAUGCAAGUAUCUUGUCAUGAAAGCUACUGAGAUUCAUGGCUUUGUAACCAACUACAUCCAGGCCCGAGGCUGCUGACACUUGACACUGGGGCCAGUUAGUGUAGAGUGCCCUUUUGUAUCUUGAGCCAAGAAGCAAGGCCUGGGAUGGGGGGAGGGGGAGGGGGAGCAAAUACUGAGUGCCUGCAGCAUCUGCUAUGUCUUCACUAUUCAGAACUUGUAACUAAAAUAUUUAAAGAAACUGAUUUUAAAUGCAAAUUAAAGGGCAAAUGUUCUCAAAUAGGG